AUGGUUGACACGCAUGUCUUAUCUCGUUUAUUUAUUAUCGUUAUUGUCGCUCAUUUUAUUACUGAUCAAGCAAACGGCGUGUCACCAGUUCCCGGUAAAAAAAUAACAACACCAUUUGGUACAAAAGGGAAUUGGGCAGGUGGUUUUCAUACGGCGGAUGAUUAUGCAUGUCCUGUUGGAACAAAAGUAGUAGCAACAAGAGCUGGAGUUGUUAAAAGUGGAAAUUGGGGUGCAGCCCUUGGGCUACACAUUUUAAUUGAAUCUAAAGAUGCCAGUGGGAAGACGAUUCGACAUAUAUAUGCACAUUUAAGUAAAAAAAUAGCGAAAGUUGGUGAUACUGUUAAAGCUGGACAAGAAAUAGCCAAAAGUGGCAAGUCAGGAACAGUUACUGGUCCUCAUCUUCAUUAUGGAGAACGAACAGCACCAUAUGCUUAUAACAAUCAUCGAAAGCCACAAUUUAAUAGAUAA